AAUACAAUAGGUUUAUUGCAUUCCACAAUGUGAAACCCUUAAAUAUCAUAUUGUUAUAGAAUGAAAAUAUCGAGCCUUCUCAACAUCGCUCUUGGCGAGGACGUUUUGGUGGAAGUGCAACAAGGGUGGUUAUCUGGCAAGCUGGUGGAAGCUGUUACAGGAGAUUAUUUCUACAGCUUCAAAGGCAUACCUUAUGCCAAACCACCAAUUGGUUCGCUCAGAUUUAAGGCCCCUGAGGAACCAGAUUCCUGGAAUGGAGUGAGGAAUGCUAUAGAAAAUGGACCUGUCUGUCCCCAGAUACAAAACCUAAAGAACUAUUAUGUCCCUGGCAGCGAGGACUGCCUGUUCCUAAAUGUCUUCACUCCUGAUAUGAAUCCUCCCACGCCUUUACCGGUAAUGUUUUACAUCCACGGAGGUUUAUACAAAUCUAGUUCAGGCGAUGACACCUUUCUGGGACCGGAUUUUAUGAUAUCUAAAAACGUCAUUGUAGUCACAAUUAACUACAGAUUAGAUGCGAUUGGUUUCCUCAGUAUGGAAACAAAAGAAGUACCUGGUAAUGCUGGGAUGAAGGACCAAGUACUUGCGUUACAGUGGGUGAGAAGGAAUAUAAACAAAUUUGGAGGUGACCCUAAUCGUAUAACUAUGUUCGGUCAGAGCGCUGGAGCAGCUUCUAUUGCCUACCACAUGGUAUCACCGAUGUCCAAAGGUUUAUUUCAAAGAGGCAUACUACUAAGUGGCGUUCCGAAUCUCGACUGUUUUUAUUCUUACAAGCCUAGAGAUAGAGCAUUCAAACUCGGUAAAAUCUUGGGUUUUGAAACUAAAAAUACAAGCGAGCUACUUACAUUUCUCCAAAGCGUUCCAGUUAAAAAGUUAAUAAAUACCACAAGUACUCUACUGGCAUCCGAAGAAAUAACGAGUAUUAUAUUUAAGCUGCAUCCGUUCGUGCCAGUAAUUGAAAAAGAUUUUGGACAACAAAGGUUCUUGAUUGAAGAUCCUUUUAAGACUCUAGAGAGAGGAAACGUUAACAAGGUAGAUGUCUUAUGUGGUUACACAAGCCAUGAAAAUUUACUACUGAUUCCAUUUUAUGUUAACUGGUUUUAUAUAGAACGCUAUAAUAGAUACAGAGAGUUGUUUGUUCCGACUAAAAUACUGUUUAGUUCUCCACCAGACGUCAUUUUGCAUUUGGCUGACAGAAUCACUGACCACUAUUUUGGGGAUAAAACAAUUAGCGUGAGUAAUAUGCCAGAGUUCAUUAAUUAUGCCUCCGCUGCAACUAUGUUUUACGACGUCCACAGAUUCCUCAGGCGUUGGCCUCAAGUUGGUACCACAUAUUUCUAUAAGUUUUCAGCUUACUCCGCUAGAAGCAUGUAUGGUCACCAAGGCGCUAAUUACGGCAUUUAUGGAAGUUCACAUUUAGAUGACUUGCUCCAUUUGUUUUACCAAAAAGAUCUGGAUUUACCGUAUAAAAGAAACACUAAAGAAUACAGAAUAGUUUAACUUUUUGUUUCACUACUUACCAACUUUGCAAAAUAUGGGAACCCCACUCCAGACUCAUCUUUGGGCAUGAUCUGGCCGCAGUUCAACAACACUAGUCUAGCGUUUGCUAACAUUACCGAAGAAUUGGAGGUGGGCUGCGCACCUGAUGAGGAACAGGUUCAGUUCUGGAAGACCAUUCUAGAAUAUGCUGGGAUCAAAUUUUAGCUGCCUUAAAUAUUACCACUUUUAUAGAAAAGGGAAAAAAGUAAAAUGCUGGAUGACAUCCGCAACGCCUUCCGCUUUUAUGAACGGAUAUUGGUUAUAGCGGCAAAAACUGUCGCACAUCCAUUUCGGAUUGAAACUUUUUUGAUUUUUGGUCCAAAUCGUUUGCAAUGUAUAGCCAUACACCCACUACAGAUUUAGCAUUUU